UGGAAACCGAUCAGCCAAUCAGAGUGUGUGACCCAUACUGGCAGACGCGGCAGGGAGCUUAGCGCGCUUUGGCGGUGGGCUUCUGCCGGUUCUUGUUAACGGACAGCGAUGCUGAAGGCUAAGAUCCUCUUCGUGGGUCCCUGCGAGAGUGGCAAAACAGUGCUGGCCAACUUUCUGACUGAAUCUUCAGACAUCACUGAAUACAACCCAACACAAGGUGUGAGGAUCCUAGAGUUUGAGAACCCACAUGUCACAAGCAACAACAAAGGCACAGGCUGCGAAUUUGAGCUCUGGGACUGUGGUGGCGACUCCAAGUUUGAGUCCUGCUGGCCAGCCCUGAUGAAGGAUGCUCAUGGAGUGGUGAUUGUCUUCAACGCUGAUAUCCCAAGCCACCUAAAGGAAAUUGAAAUGUGGUAUUCCUGCUUUGUCCAGCAACAGUUCCUCCAAGACAGUCACUGCAUGCUUGUGGCCCACCACAAACCGGGGUCUGGAGGAGACAAGGGCAACCUGGCUUUGUCUCCCCCCUUGAACAAGUUGAAGCUGGUGCACUCAAAUCUGGAGGAAGACCCCGAGGAGGUCCGGGUGGAGUUCAUCAAGUAUUUAAAAAGCAUCAUCAACUCCAUGUCGGAGAGCAGAGACCGUGAGGAGAUGCUCAUCAUCACCUAGUGUCCCUGUGCUGCUGCCUCCCAAAGGACGCUGACCCCCCAGACAGAGCUGACGUCCCACCCAGCCGCUGACAAGCCCUUCUCCUAUGGCUGCAGUUCCUUAUCUGCUACAAGGGUCCAGGAAGAGUCAGGCAUGGUGGCACACGCCUGUGAUCCUAGCUCUGGAGAGGCUGAGGUAGGAGGGUUGAGAGUUCAAGGCCAGCCUGGGCUACAUAGGGAGCCCUUAUCUCAUCCCGUCUGCAGAAGCCACCCUGCUUGCCUGUCUCAGCGGUCCUUCAUAAACAUAUCCUUCUGGCAGCCCUAGUACUGUAUUUUCAGGUUGAGCUGUUUACUGGUGAUUAACGGGAUGAAGUGGCCCAAAGCAAAUUGAUGGCGUGAUCUCUGGGGUCCCCAAGUGCAGAAAGGGAACACGUGCUGUCAGAGAGUCAACAAUGGGGACAGUGAGAUGGUUCACUUGCUGCCAAGCCUGAAAACCCAAACUCAAUACCCAGAACCCACUUAAAGGUGGAAGGAGAGAUCCGACCCCACAGAGUAAUCCUCUGACCUGGAGGGAAGGAUCUGUGGGCAAGAGCUCAUGCUAAGGUCCUGGGUUCAGAUCCCUGCACCCACACUGGGCAGCUAUGAUUGUAACUCUAGUUCCAGGAGAGCCAAAGCCUUCCUCUAGUCCCGGGGCACCUCCCCACAUAUAGCAUAUGCUCACACAGACUGCAUUAGACACGUUUCUGUUGCUAUAAUAAACACCCUGACAAGACAA